GAAGAAGAAGAAGAAGUAGAAGAAGAAGAAGAAGACUCUCUGCGCAUGUGCUGAACUUCCACACGUGUUCACUGUGUGUGGUGAGACGCAGAUUUGGAGUCGCUGUAGGAAAAACGCCGCACAAGUUUUCGGGUUAUUUCAUCGCUAAUCUUCAACCAACAUGAGACCAGGUUUCAGUCCCCGUGGAGAGAGAGGAGGACGAGGCGGAGGUCGUGGAGGGUUCAGAGGAGGCUUCGGUGACCGGGGGGGCCGAGGAGGAAGAGGUGGAGGCUUUAGGUCCCCAGACGGUGGAGGAUUUCGAGGCAGAGGUGGAGGGAGAGGCACCCCAAGAGGCAGAGGAGGAAGGGGUGGCGGCGGCAGAGGAGGCUUAGGAGGAGGGAAAAGAGUUCUGAUCGAGCCUCACCGACAUGAAGGAGUGUUUAUCUGCAGAGGGAAGGAGGACGCCCUGGUCACCAAGAACAUGGUGGUGGGAGAAUCUGUGUAUGGAGAGAAGAGAAUGAGUGUGGAGGAAGGAGAGACCAAGAUUGAGUACAGAGCCUGGAAUCCUUUCCGCUCAAAGCUGGCAGCGGCUAUUCUAGGAGGAAUUGACAAGAUCCAUAUCAAACCUGGAGCUAAGGUCAUGUACCUGGGGGCCGCCUCCGGGACCACCGUGUCCCACGUCUCAGACAUCGUUGGACCGGAGGGACUGGUCUAUGCAGUAGAGUUCUCCCAUCGAUCGGGUCGUGAUCUUCUCAAUGUGGCAAAGAAACGGACCAAUAUCAUUCCAAUCAUUGAAGACGCCAGGCAUCCACACAAAUACCGCAUGCUGGUUGGCAUGGUGGAUGUCAUUUUUGCCGAUGUGGCCCAACCUGACCAGACGAGGAUUGUUGCUUUGAAUGCUCACCACUUCCUGAAAAAUGGAGGACACUUUGUUAUCUCAAUUAAGGCCAACUGUAUAGACUCCACAGCAGCUCCAGAGGCAGUUUUUGCUUCUGAAGUGAAGAAGAUGAGUGCUGAGAACAUGAAGCCACAGGAACAGCUGACUCUGGAGCCCUAUGAGAGAGACCACGCUGUGGUGGUGGGCAUCUACAGACCUCCACCUAAACAGAAGAAAUGAGGUGUGGAAAAUGAACAGAAGGCUGCCAUCACCAUCAAGUUGAACCAAAUCUUUUUCAAGUUGCUCUCCUUCUCAAUCUCUGUCUACCUGACAGAGAUUGGUAGAGCUCUGAGCCACCUUUAGCUUUCUAACUCCAUUUAGUGGGAAUACCAUUCAGUUCUUCCACAGUUGUUGUUUUAUCAUUUGUAACACAUACAUUGUACAUAAAUUUGUGUAAAAUAUGA